AUGGUUUCGACGACCAUCACUUUCGAUAAGGACCAUGUCCAACCUCCGGUUUUUGUCGCUGGCGGUUUCACCGAAUGGGCACCCGUCGAGAUGACGUGCGAGACGACGGAAGCGAACGGCUCACUCAAGCACGUCUUCUCCUACAGGACCGAACUCGAACCAGGCGAGUAUCAGUACAAGUUUCGGUUGGGACCUGGUGAUUGGUGGGUUCUGGAUGAAUCCGCGCAGAAAGCGACUGAUGAGCUCGGCAAUGUGAACAAUGUCCUUUCGGUAGAAACCGAAGAACGCAAAGCCCCCUCGGAGCCACCCGCUGAGGCCAUCCCAACUCCACUUCCACGUGUCCUGAACACAAAGGAUGCCUACAUUAUGGAAGACGAGCCCACGGUGAACGGAUCCGCGAACCAUGAGCACUCUUCACAGCCCUAUCCACCACCGGAGGAGGUUGUAUCAAAGCUUGUUGACUCUCAUACACCCAAGCAGCCAGCUGUUGACGUACAAGAGCCCAUGGCAGAAACCGAGAAGCAGGGCCAGUUCAAUCAGCAGGCUGGCAAGGAGUCGCGCGAGAUUGUUACGCCAAGGAGCGAAUCUAUUCCUGAUUUCGCUCCUCCGCCAUACUCGGUUUCUGCGACUGGGGCCGUUCAGGAGUCUGGUGAUAAGGUCCAAGUGGCGCCAGUAGCCGAAGCCGGUCCUCAAAAGCAACCAGCCAAGCCAGCAGCUAACGAGGAUGAAUCAGAACAGAAGAAACAGUCAUUGGGAUAUAGCACAAAGAGUCUAUUGAUGGUGGUAGUGCUGGUCGCAGUCCCUGUCGCUGUAUCAUACUACCUGCGUCGGUAG